AUGCAACGUGCAGAGAUGAUGUUGAGUUUGACUGUGGUUCUGCUGGGGACGUGGACCUUGGGGAGAGCCCAGAACAUCACCUGGGAGGUCCAGCGCUACGACGGCUGGUACAACAACCUUCUGCACCACAGCCGUGGCUCUGUGGGUGCUCGGCUGCUGCGUCUCCUGCCGGCCAACUUCGCCGACGGCGUCUACCAGGCGCUGCAGGAGCCCCGUGUGCCCAACGCUCGCCAGCUCAGCACCGCAGUGGCACGAGGCCCCUCCGGGCUGCCCUCACUCAGGAACACGACCGUGCUGGCUGUCUUCUUUGGUUUCCAUGUGCUCCUGGACAUCCUGGAGACAGAGAAACCCGGCUGCCCUGCUGAGUUUCUCAACAUCUACAUCCCCCCCGGAGACCCAGUGUUUGACCCUGCUGGCACUGGAGAUGUGGUCCUGCCCUUCCAGCGCAUCCGCUGGGCUGUGGAGACAGGGCAGAGCCCCAACAGCCCCCGGGAACAGACCAACGGGGUGACGGGCUGGCUGGACGGCAGCUCCAUCUACGGCCCCUCGCAUUCCUGGAGCGACGCCCUGAGGAGCUUCUCGGGGGGACAGUUGGCGUCGGGGCCUGUCAGACACCUCCCGAGGCAGACAGACGGGAGGGUCCCCAUGUGGAAGGCGAUCGAUCCAUCCACGGGACAGGGUGGUCUCGAAGGCAUCUAUGACCUGGGAAGCGCCUGGGGAAAUGAGAACCCCUUCCUGCAGGCUGAGAGCAUCGCCUGGUUUCGGUACCACAACCACCUGGCCACAGCGCUGGCCCAGCAGCACCCCACCUGGUCUGAUGAGGAUCUCUUCCAGCACACUCGCAAGAGGGUCAUUGCCACUUUCCAGAGCAUCGUUCUGUACGAGUGGCUGCCGACCCUGCUGGGGUCAGACAUCCCAGAGUACAAAGGUUACCAGCAGCACCUGGACCCCAGCCUCUCGCCAGAGUUCGUGGCAGCUGCGGCGCAAUUCCUGGCCACCAUGGUGCCACCGGGCAUUUAUAAGAGAGACAGCGAAUGCCGGUUCCAGAACGUGUCUGGCCCUAGUGGCUCAUUCCCAGCAGUGCGGCUCUGCAACAGCUACUGGAGCAGAGAGAGGCCAGGGCUGCAGCAGGCAGAGGAUGUGGACAACCUCCUGCUGGGGAUGAGCUCACAGAUUGCAGAGAGGGAGGACAACAUUGUCGUGGAAGAUCUCCAAGAUUACUGGUAUGGGCCCCUGAAGUACUCCCGCACUGACUAUGUGGCCAGCUGGAUCCAGCGUGGGCGAGACCUUGGCCUGCCAACCUAUAACCAAGCCCAGGAGCGAUUUGGGUUGAAACCUCUCCAGAACUGGUCAAACCUUGCACCACACCUGGAGCCACAGGUCCUGCAAAAGGUCGCUGCCCUGUAUGCCAAUGACAUGGCUGGGCUGGAGCUGCUCCCUGGAGGCAUGUUGGAGGCUGAUGGCUCCCUCUUCAGCACCAUCAUCCUGGAGCAGUUUGUACGCCUGCGUGACAGUGACAGGUUUUGGUUCGAAAACACCAAGAAUGGGCUCUUCACAGAGGAGGAAAUCAAGGAAAUCCGUAACACUACCUUUCACGACGUCCUGGCUGCUGUCACCUACGCCAACUCCACAGACAUCCAGACUCACGUGUUCACCUGGAGAAAGGGGGACCAGUGCCCCCAGCCCCAGCAGCUGACAGCUCAACACUUGGCCAACUGCACUCCCAUGGUGGUGCUGGACUACUUUGCAGGCAGCGGUGCAGGCUUUGGGAUCAUCAUCGUUGUCCUCUGCUGUCUGCCUUUGGUGACUCUCUUUGUUGCCUGGAUCGUUGCUGCUUUCCGCAAGAGAGAUUUCAAGAAGCUGCAGAAGCAGCAGAGCACCAGAGUGCGCGCGAAGGUGACCGGCGAGGCCACACACGCCAUGGAGUGGCACGGCCCCAAGACAGACAGCUGUCCUGUCUACAUCCAGCUCCAAGCUGACAAAGUGCUCAAAGUGCUGGAUGGAAGAGGGUCUCUGAUGCGGAGCAUCAACCUGAAAGCCUACCAAAGGGUGGAGGUGAUCCUCUCCAACAACAAAGGGAACAAAGCUCUGCUCCUGAAGAGCCCCAAGGAGUAUGACCUGGUGCUGCUCUUCUGCGAGGAGGCCGAGAGGAGCAGCUUUGUUGAAAAGCUACAAAACUACUUGAAUGAGAACGGGCUCUACCUGCAUCUGUCUGAGACGAAGGAGCAGAACCUUAUGAAAUGGGCAGUCACUCAGGAGCAGAGAAAACAAAUUCUGGAGAUUUUCUUCAGGCACCUGUUUGCUCAGGUGCUGGAAAUUGACAGGUCCGAUGCAGGAGAGCUCAACUUCAAAUCUUCACAGAAGGCAAGGGAGUCUCUGACGUGUGAGCUGAGCAGGGCUGAGUUUGCCGAGGCCCUGGGGCUCAAGGCCCACUCCAUGUUUGUGGACUCCAUGUUCUCCCUGGCUGACAAAGAUGGCAACGGCUACAUCUCCUUCCGGGAGUUCCUGGACAUCUUGGUGGUCUUCAUGAAAGGGUCCCCAGAGGAGAAAUCCCAGGUGAUGUUCAGGAUGUAUGACAUCGAUGAGAAUGGGUUCCUCUCCAAGGAGGAGUUUCUGAGGAUGGUCAGGUCCUUCAUUGAGAUCUCCAACAACUGCCUGUCAAGAGAACAGGCAGAGCAGGUGACUGAGUCCAUGUUUCGGGCCUCAGGGUUUCAGGACAGGGAUGAGCUGACGUGGGAGAAUUUCCACUACAUGCUGCGGGACCACAACAGCGAGCUUCGUCUCACCCACCUCUGUGUGAAAGGUGUCCCUGAGGUGUUCAAGCAAAACCUGCACAACUGUGUCUCCUUCAUAAAGAAAGAGCCAAAAGGAACCAUCUCAGAGGAGGAGAGAGACCCGAAUCUGGACACCGUGAGUCACUACGUGGAACGAGAAGGGCAAGAGCUGAGGAAGAGACCAGGUAGAAAGGGGAACCAGUACCAGCUGCGCCUGUACACUGAGGCGCAGCGGAAGAGGUACAAGCGGAGCCGAGUUCAGCAGAAGAUCCAGGAGUUCAAACGCUUCAUUGAGAAUUACCGGCGCCACAUCGUCUGCGUCAUCCUCUUCUCUGCCAUCACCGCCGGCGUGUUCAUGGAGAGAGCCUACUACUAUGCCUUUGCAUCCCCCAGCACUGGAAUUGCACAGACCACCUUUGUGGGGAUCAUCAUCUCCCGGGGAGCAGCUGCCUCCAUCUCCUUCCUGUACUCCUACAUCCUGCUUACCAUGUGCCGCAACCUCAUCACCAUCCUGCGGGAGACCUUCCUCAACCACUACAUCCCCUUCGAUGCCGCUGUCGAUUUCCACCGCUGGAUUGCCAUGGCAGCCCUGAUUUUCUCAGUGCUCCACACUGCAGGUCAUGUAGUGAAUGUCUAUAUCUUCUCAGUCACACCUCUCAGCGUGCUGUCCUGUCUCUUCUCCAAUGUCUUCACAAAUGAUGGGUCACAGCUCCCACAGAAGUAUUACUGGUGGUUCUUCCAGACUGUUCCAGGUAUGACAGGAGUGUUGCUGCUUGUGGUCCUUGCUGUGAUGUAUGUGUUCGCCACCUACCACUUCCGACGCGUCAGCUUCCAGGGCUUCUGGAUCACCCACCACCUCUAUGUGCUGCUCUAUGUCCUGGUCAUCAUCCACGGCAGCUACGCGCUGAUCCAGCAGCCUCGUUUCUACAUCUACUUCAUCGUCCCAGCUCUCAUCUACAGCGCGGACAAGCUGCUCAGCCUGAGCAGGAAGAAGGUGGAGAUCAGCGUGGUGAAAGCCGAACUCCUGCCCUCAGGUGUCACCCACCUCCAGUUCCAGCGGCCCCAGGAUUUUGACUACAAGUCCGGGCAGUGGGUGCGCAUCGCCUGCGUGGCCCUGGGCACCACAGAGUACCACCCCUUCACCCUCACCUCGGCACCACACGAGGACACGCUGAGCCUGCACAUCCGUGCCGUGGGGCCCUGGACCACUCGCCUGCGGGAGCUCUACUCCCCAGAGAGCCUGGCCCUCAUCGGCAAGCUGCCCAAGCUCUACCUGGACGGGCCCUUCGGAGAGGGCCACCAGGAGUGGAACAAAUUUGAGGUGUCAGUGCUGGUGGGAGGAGGCAUUGGGGUGACACCCUUCGCAUCCAUCCUCAAGGACCUGGUCUUUAAGUCAUCCAUAAACUCCAAGCUGCUGUGUAAGAAGAUCUACUUCAUCUGGGUGACACGCACGCAGCGGCAGUUUGAGUGGCUGACAGACAUCAUCCGGGAGGUGGAAGAGUCAGACAGGAACAACUUGGUCUCUGUGCACAUCUACAUCACGCAGCUGGCCGAGAAGUUCGAUCUGCGCACCACCAUGCUGUACAUCUGUGAGCGGCACUUCCAGAAGGUGCUGAACAAGAGCCUGUUCACGGGGCUGCGCUCCAUCACCCACUUUGGGCGCCCUCCCUUUGUACCCUUCUUCAACUCACUGCAGGAGGUGCACCCUGAGGUGCAGAAGAUUGGGGUGUUCAGCUGUGGCCCACCCGGGAUGACAAAGAGUGUGGAACAGGCUUGUCGGCAGAUGAACAAGAAGGACCAGACCUACUUCGCACAUCACUAUGAGAAUUUCUGACCCUACCCCAUGCUUUUCACCCUGGGCUGCAGUCUGGUCCAUCCCAGCACCUGGGCAGCAAUGCAGUGGGUGGCCAUGGUCCUGGGCUCCCACUCACCAUCACGCCCCAGAGAAAGCCAUCCAUGGCAGAGGACACUGAGACCUGCAGAGCUGAGACUGGUGUGCCAGUAAAGCAUUGCCAUCCCAUCAUCACCCCACACAGCCCCAGUGUGAACCCCUGAGCCCAGGGCAUACUAAUACUGUCCACACACUGCUGCAGCCCCAUACCCAGGCUUGGGCUGGCAUGUCCCAGUCAAAAAACCACAGUGUUUGAGUUAAGCCCAGUUCUGCUACAUUAAUCCCACAACACAGAGCUUGUGCUCUGCUGUGGGACUCAGGGAAUGUCUCUGCCCAGCUUUGGGGAACACCUUGGUGCCUGCACAACCUGAAUCCACAGCACUUUGCCCCAAGACCAAUGUGGAGCACACAUGGGGUGAGGAGCCAAAGAGCUUCCCACCAUCUCUCUCCUUGAAAAAGGCUCAGCUUUCCUAAUACACUUGUGGGUGCCUGCUUGUUAACUCUCUGAGCCUUUUCUGGGUUUGCAAAGGGCCUUAGUUGUGUUUGCAUCGGCUUCUUUCAGCAGCGUCCCUUC